GAGUUCAAAGUUCACGGUGUCGGCGCAUGCGCGAUGCGGCUUCUGCGUUGCAUCUUCGUAUCGUGGUGGUGGUAGUUGUUGUUGAUAAUCGCGCGGUUUAACUUGGUCUUUUUGUAAAACAAACAAGUCGCUUCACGUCCAAAGUUCGCAAUAUUUAAGGCACACAGCCUACGCGUCGUUCCGCGCAAACGCAGAAAGCACUCAAGAUGGAAGCGAAUGGCAGCAGUGAGAAACCCACAGACCUUCAAAAGAAAAUCUACACACAGAUUGAGUAUUACUUUGGGAACCACAACCUGGUGCGAGACAAAUUCAUGCAGGAGCAGUUGAAGCUGGAUGAUGGCUGGAUACCACUUGAGACUCUGGUCAAGUUUAACAGGCUCUCCGCCCUGUCGAAGGACUUUGCGGUGAUAGCGAGCGCGGUGAAACUGUCGCCCAACGACCUCCUGGUGGUUAGCGAAGACAACACGAAGAUCCGUCGCAAGCCGGAGCUGCCCAUCCCAGAAGCCAGUGCCUUCAAGGAGUCAAUCAAGGGCUCCUCCAUCUACGUGAAAGGGUUUCCCUUGGAAGUUGGUCUGGAUGAAAUCAAGGAGUGGUUUGAAAACAGAGCGACCAGCAAAGUUGAAAAUAUUCACCUCAGGAGGAACAUGCAGAAGAAAUUCAAGGGAUCCGUUUUUGCAGUGUUUGACACCGCGGAAAACGCGCAGAAGUUUGUGGACUUAGCUGACCACAAGUACAAGGACAUCGAUAUGAUUGUUCUAACCAAGGCAGCGUACUUUGCAAAGAAGCAGGACGAGAAGAAGGAGAUGAAACUGCAAAAUAAGCUGUCUAAAGAAAGUGAGACAAAACAAGAUGAUGAAGAAUUUAAAAACCUUAAUUUCCAGGAAGGCUGCCUGCUCAAGUUUUCAGGCGAUUUGGAUUCCUUCACAAGCCGCGAGGACAUAACGGAAGUUUUCAAAGGCCAUGGACAAAUCAAGUGGAUUGACUUUGCACGUGGAGCCAAGGAGGGUUUUGUGCGCUUGACUACGGAUGCACAAGGGGCACUGGAGCGGGCCUCUGCUGCUCAGCUAGCAGUGGCGAAAAAGGGGGAAACCACAGAAAAGUCCAAGGGAGAGGAACCAAAGACAACAGAGAAGGAAGAGGCAAAAGACAAGAGCAGCAAAGUGGUGGAGGCGGCGGCGGUGGAGGUGGCGGCGCCGGCGCCGGCGGUGGAGGCGCCUGCGGUGGCGGCGGCGGCGCCGGCGGUGGAGGUGGCGGCGCCGGCGCCGGCGGUGGAGGCGCCUGCGGUGGCGGCGGCGGCGCCGGCGGUGGAGGUGGCGGUGCCCGCGGCAGCGGCGCCCGCGGUCCCGCUGCGGCUGCGUGGACGCGACGUAAAGUGGGAGGUGCUGGAGGGAGAGGCGGCGCGUCAGGUGUGGAUCCGCCUUCUCAAGGAACAGCAGGAGACCAUGAACAAGCGUCGCGUCACCCGCAGCGGUGGCCGGCGAGGUGGUAACCACGGAGGAAGAGGAGGUGGUGGCAGAGGAGGGCGUGGGGGACGGAGGGAUAACAGAGAGUUCCAGGGCAAAAAGACAAAGUUCGAAAGUGACGAUGAAGAUGGUGAUGAUGCAGCAGAGUCGAAGAAGAGACCCUUGGAAAGUGAACCAACGUCAGAGCCGCAAGCAAAGCAAGCAAAGACCGAAUAAAAUAAGUUGACCUUUCAACUGUUUAACCAUCACAUCUACUGUCUUCUAAAUGUAACCCGUUGCAUUUUGAGUUGAGGCAUGGUAUGUAUAUUUAAAAUUGGUUUUAAAUGGUCCACAUUCCGUGAAUUAAGAGAAUGAUAAUCACGUUAGAAUUUCUAGAGCAAACAAACGUUUGAGUUUCAUUUGUUUUGUGUUUUUUUCUGCAAGACGCUGAAAUGAUCAGGCUUUUUCAGAACCUAAGUUUUAAUUUGCAUUACUUUGUUAAAAAAUUAUUGUUUUAGAGCAUUUCAUUGAAUGUUAUUUAAGAAGUGUCCAUCGAGCUAAUGGUUCUUGUGUUGGUUGAAAGGUGGAAAAUCUAAAAAACGUAAUCGCUUUGAGUGAAAAACUCGCUUCAGUCAAUGGCACGUACUGCUGUCAAACAAAAAUCUGUAAAAUGUGCUGUUCACAUUGCUUUGAACAUGAUACAAUAAAAAUUAACCUUUUUUUCUGAA